AUGGGAGGUCACGUGAGCAAACGGCCAGCUGAGGCAUCAUCUUCUGCUAUCAAUCUCAACAACAAUUUACAAUACACAACUGAAUUGAGCUCCUAUGAGGCUGCUUGCCGGGUCGACAAGGACUUGCAGUCUUUUGAUACCACCCUCCAAGCUCGGACCAAUCAUGUCAUCAAUACUCUUGCUGUUGGUGUUGAAGUUCGUGCCCUUUCAUUUGAUUCAUUGAAGGAAGUCACAGGAUGCUUGUUGGAGAUGAACCAAGAGGUUGUCAAGGUUAUCUUGGAGUGCAAGAGAGAUAUAUGGAAGAAUCAAGAAUUGUUUGAGCUUGUUGAGGAGUAUUUUGAGAAUAGCCUGCAAACUUUAGAUUUCUGUGCUGCAUUGGAGAAGUGCCUAAAGCGUUCCCGCGAUAGCCAACUGCUGAUUCUUCUCGCACUUCAACAAUUCGAAGAGGAAAGUGAGACAGGAGGGAGUAGGUAUGUGAAGACCUUGGAGGAACUUAAGAAUUUCAAGGCAGCAGGUGAUCCUUUCACCGAGGAAUUCUUUCAAAUCUUUCAAUCUGUGUACAGGCAGCAGAUAAUGAUGCUUGAGAAGCUACAACUUAAGAAGAACAAGCUUGACAAGAAGCUCAAAUGCAUUCAUGCUUGGAGGAAGGUUUCAAGCAUAAUAUUUGUAGCUACUUUUGCUACAGUAUUAAUUUGCUCAGUUGUAGCUGCAGCUAUGGCUGCCCCUCCUGUUGCUGCUGCUCUUGCGGCGGCAUCAUCGAUCCCGUUAGGUUCAAUGGGGAAGUGGAUUGAUUCUCUGUGGAAGAAUUAUGAAAAUGCAUUGAAGGGACAGAAGGAGGUGAUUAGCACAAUGCAAGUUGGUACUUAUGUUGCCAUAAAAGACCUGGACACCAUUCGGGUUCUCAUCGAUCGCCUGGAGAUUGAGAUUGAAGCACUAAUGCAAACUACUGACUUUGCAAUUGAGCAUGAGGCUGUAAAGCUUGCAAUAGAGGAGAUCAAGAAGAAGCUGGGGGUGUUCAUGAAAAAUGUUGAGGAUUUGGGUGUACAAGCAGAUGCAUGUAGCCGUGAUAUCAGAAGGGCAAGGACUGUGGUUCUGCAAAGGAUCAUAAAAAAUCCCAACAACUAA